CUUGUCUGUGAAGAGGUGAAUGUGGACAGAUUUUAUCCUGUCUUAUAUCCAAAGGCUUCAAGACUCAUCGUGACCUUCGAUGAGCACGUCAUCAGCAACAACUUCAAGUUUGGAGUUAUUUACCAAAAGUUUGCCCAGACAUCAGAAGAGGAGCUGUUCGGAAACAACGAGGAAAGUCCAGCUUUUGUUGAGUUUCUGGAGUUCCUGGGAGAGAAGAUUGAUCUUCAUGAUUUUAAAGGUUUUCGUGGUGGCCUGGAUGUGACACAUGGCCAGACAGGAACCGAGUCGGUGUAUGUUAACUUUCACAAUAAAGAGAUCAUGUUCCACGUGUCCACCAAACUGCCCUACACUGAAGGAGAUUCACAGCAGCUCCAGAGGAAGAGGCAUAUAGGAAAUGACAUUGUGGCCAUUGUGUUUCAAGAAGAAAACACACCGUUUGUACCUGAUAUGAUUGCAUCCAACUUUCUUCAUGCUUAUGUGGUGGUGCAGGUGGAGAACGCCUGCACUGAGAACGUCCUCUAUAAGGUGUCUGUAACAGCAAGAGACGAUGUGCCUUUUUUUGGUCCAGCUCUGCCAGAUCCAGCUGUCUUUAAAAAGAGUUCAGAAUUUCAUGAAUUCCUCUUGACCAAACUGAUCAAUGCUGAAUAUUCCUGUUAUAAAGCAGAGAAGUUUGCCAAGCUUGAGGAAAGAACGCGUUCGGCUCUGCUGGAGACUUUAUAUGAGGAGCUGCAUAUGAACAGCCAGUCCAUGAUGGGUUUAGGUGGAGACGACGACAAGCUGGAGAAUGGAGGAGGAGGAGGAGGAUUCUUCGAGUCUUUCAAGGUAGAGUACACUUAUAAUGAGAUGGCAUUUGCUAACGUGAAUUAAAA